CGAACAGUGGAUCGAAUCAGCUGAUCAUCACUCAUUCAAUAACCUUCGACGGUGCUGACCCGCAAUCUCUCUAAGCGCCGUAUCAGCGUAGAAAUCACAAAGAAGCAAGUAAAUCACAGAGGCCAGAAUGUCAUCCAUUACAAAAGGCAUCUUUAUUGUCGGCGCCAAGCGCACGCCCUUCGGAGCUUUCUGCGGCAAGCUGUCCAACAAGACCUGCACGGACCUACAGGAAGUGGCCGCCAGGGCGGCGCUACAGGCGGCUAAGGUCAAGCCGGAGCUUGUAGACUCUGUGGUCAUCGGCAAUGUUCUAUCCUGUUCGUCGGUGGAGGCGCCGUACAUCUCCCGACACACGGCCCUGCGGCUGGGCUGCGACGUGGCCACACCGGCGCUCACCGUCAACCGGCUGUGCGGCUCCGGCUUCCAGGCCGUCGUCAACGGCGCGCACGACAUCCUGAUGGGCGACUCGCGCGUGGUGCUGACCGGCGGCAGCGACAACAUGACGCAGGCGCCGCACGCGGUGCGCGGCCUGCGUACGGGCGUCAAGCUGGGCACCAGCCCCCAGCUGGAGGACAUGAUGUGGGAGGCGCUCACCGACCAGCACUGCCGCACGCCCAUGGGCGUCACGGCCGAGAACCUGGCCGAGAAGUACGGCAUCACGCGCCAGGACGCCGACGAGUUCGCCAUCGGCUCGCAGCAGAAGUGGAAGGCUGCGCACGACGGCGGCCUGUUCCAGGACGAGAUGGCGCCCGUCACCGUCAAGGUGAAGCGACAGGACACCGUCAUGGACAUGGACGAGCACCCUAAGCCGCAGUCGGACCUGGCCGGCAUUGGCAAGCUGCCGUCCGUCUUCAAGAAAGGCGGCACGGUCACCGCGGCCACUGCCUCCGGCAUCUGCGACGGCGCCGGCGCGGUGGUGCUGGCCUCGGAGGCGGCCGUGAAGGAGCACGGCCUGACGCCGCUCGCCCGCCUGGUGGGGUACUCCGUGGCCGGCGUCGAGCCUACCAUCAUGGGCAUCGGGCCGGCGCCGGCCAUCCGCAAACUGCUGGAGAAGGCCGGCCUCACGCUCAACGACAUCGGCCUGGUGGAGAUUAACGAGGCGUUCGCGCCGCAAACGCUGGCGUGCCAGCGCGAGCUGGACCUGGACCCGGCCAAGCUGAACGUGAACGGCGGCGCCAUCGCGCUCGGCCACCCGCUGGCCGCCUCUGGCGCGCGCAUCACCGCCCACCUGGUGCACCAGCUCAGGCGGCGCGGCGAGAAGUACGCCAUCGGCUCGGCAUGCAUCGGCGGCGGUCAGGGCAUUGCCCUGCUGCUGGAGGCCGUGUAAGCAGCUACCGCCGUACUCAGGGCCGGACUGACGGAGUCGUCGGGAAGGAAAGGAAUCGACCCUCACUUUUAGGCCGCCUUUUACGAAGGUUUCGGGAGGAAUUGUUAAGCUGUUGCGACCUGGCACCUGUGUUGCCUGUGCGACCCGUUCUCCGUCUUUCUACAAAUCUUUUACAUGCGGCGCAGUCCGACGAAGCGUUCAUUCUCCGGUAAGAUCAUCGGAACGCAGCGUGGUCAGGGCCGGGCGGAGGUCGGUGGAGGCCAUCCCUUCGCAGAGACCUGCAAAGGUCCGCAGUUCCGGCCGUGUGAACAGACGCGUCGAGUUUACAGACAACGUGGCGGAACUUGCGGGCGCCAUAAUGAGUGGAUAACGCUUCCACACAUGUACAACAGAGAGAACUGAUUGUAGUAAGUGAACGUAAUCAGGGUUGAAUGCAAGGAAAGACGUACCUUGCCGGUCUUGAUUGUAUGAAUGAAAAUGUGAGAUAUUGUUAGGAAAAGGGGUGUAGGAAGUAUUGGUAUUAACAGGACGUUUACCAUCGCGGGGACAGAGUGCAAAUAUAUUGACGCAACAAGCA